AUGGAGUCGAAACGAUUGGCACAUCUGAUCGUGCUCAUGAUCAGCUUCCUUGCAGUGGGUUUUAUAAGCACGCAAAAGGAUGUCAACACGUUCGGAAUCUUCCGUGAGAAGUCCUAUUACUUUGGUAACACGUUUAAGCUCAACUGGUACAAGGCGUCGGAAUACUGCAGGACGCGUGGUAUGUUCCUGGUAGCGAUCAACAACGACGAGCAGCUGAAUGGUGUGGUGGAGUAUAUCGAGAAGAGCGGUUUUACAAAAACACACGGCAUUCUGCACAUGUGGACCGCCGGUAACGAUCUCGGGGAGGAAGGCCAGUUCUUCUUUUCGUCCACCGGCGAACGGUUAACGUACGAUCGUUGGACCAAAAACGAACCGAACAAUGCGAUGCACGAUAACUGCACGUACGAGAACUGCGUUGUGCUGGAGUACUUCCAACCGUGGUCCAUCAACUACACCUUCGACGAUAGACAAUGCGGUGCGGAAAACUUUUUCAUGUGCGAAACCGUGUACGAAUAA